CGUGCCCAGCCAUGGGUGACAUCAAUAAGACCCUGCACAAAUGGCAUGCCAGCUUCAGCAAAGGCACGGACUUCGACUCCUGGGGGCAACUGGUGGAGGCCAUUGAUGAGUACCAGAUAUUAGCCAGGCAGUUACAAAAAGAGGCACAGUCUUCAGCCAACUCCUCUGACUUUACGGAAGAUCAGAAGAAAACAAUUGGAAAAAUUGCGACAUGCCUGGAACUCCGCAGUGCUGCCUUGCAGUCCAACCAGUCUGAAGAGGCAUUCAAGCUGGAGGAUUUGAAACGACUAGAAACAAUUUUAAGCAACAUCCUCACAUUCAACAAAGAAUUUCCUUUCGAUGUCCAACCAGUACCAUUAAGGAGGAUUUUGGCUCCUGGAGAAGAAGAGAAUUUAGAAGUGGAAGUGGAGGAAGAAGAAGGUGGUGCUGGGAUGGGAUCUCCUGACGCUUUCCCUGCGAGGGUUCCAGGAGCAAUACAAGGUACUCUUUUACCAAGAUUGCCUUCGGAGCCAGGGAUGACACUACUUACUAUAAAAAUUGAAAAAAUUGGCUUAAAAGAUGCAGGACAAUGUAUUGAUCCCUACAUGACAGUCAGUGUAAAAGAUAUAAAUGGCAUUGAUUUGACUCCAGUACAAGAUACGCCAAUGGCUUUGAGGAAAGAAGACAUGUAUGUUCAUUUUAAUGUUGAGAUUGAAAUCCAGAAACAUGUUGAAAAACUCACAAAAGGGGCAGCUAUUUUCUUUGAAUUUAAACACUACAAACCUAAGAAGAGAUUUACAAGCACAAAGUGUUUUGCCUUUAUGGAGCAGGAUGAAAUCAAAUCUGGCCAAAUGGUUAUAGAACUCUACAAGAAACCAACUGACUUUAAACGGAAGAAAUUACAACUUCUAACAAAGAAACCACUCUAUCUUCACCUGCAUCAAACAUUACACAAGGAGUGACCAUUGUCAAGUCUUCCAUCUCUUCUAAUAGAACCACUUCUCACAGUGAAAAAUCACACACCCCGCACCCAGUAUAGGUGGCCUCUACAACCCUAACUGGAGUUUUAAAUGAAGAAAGAUCUGAAAGAUCCAAUGUGGUCUUACAAGGUCUAUGUAUUCUAUUUCUAAAUAUAUUUUUAUGUAUUGGUUUUCCAAACAAAUUAAGUUGUGUUUUUUUUUUUUUUAUUUUCUCAAAGACCAUGGUAAUGUAAAACUAAAGCAAUAAUAAAUAGAUUUGUGUGAAUUUAAUUGUCUAGUAGCAUUGGGAUGUCUGACAUCCUCUGACAUGUGAAACGUUCGUUUGAAGGACUUUGUGACUGGUUCACUCCUGUAUAUAACGUGUUUGAUGCUUCAUGGUUU